CCCGGCCGGGCUCCCGCUCCUCGGAGCCGCGGGGUCCCUCAGCAGCACGCUCGCGCGCGGCCCGGGCGCCCCGCCGAUGCCGGCCAUGGUGGAGAAGGGCCCCGAGGUCUCCGGGAAGCGCCGAGGGAGGAACAACGCGGCCGCCUCGGCCGCCGCCGCCUCGGCCGCCUCCGCCUCGGCCGCCGCCGCCGCCGCCGCCGCCCCCAAUAAUGGUCAGAAUAAAAGUUUGGCGGCUGCGGCGCCCAAUGGCAACAGCGGCAGCAACUCCUGGGAGGAAGGCAGCUCGGGCUCGUCGAGCGACGAGGAGCACGGUGGCGGCGGCAUGCGGGUCGGACCCCAGUACCAAGCCGCGGUGCCCGACUUCGACCCCGCCAAACUAGCAAGACGCAGUCAAGAGCGAGACAAUCUGGGCAUGUUGGUCUGGUCACCUAAUCAGAAUCUGUCCGAGGCAAAAUUGGACGAGUACAUCGCCAUUGCCAAGGAGAAGCACGGCUACAACAUGGAGCAGGCCCUUGGGAUGCUGUUUUGGCAUAAGCAUAAUAUUGAAAAAUCACUGGCAGACCUACCCAACUUCACCCCCUUCCCCGAUGAAUGGACUGUGGAAGAUAAAGUCUUAUUUGAGCAAGCCUUUAGUUUUCAUGGAAAGACAUUUCAUAGAAUUCAGCAGAUGCUUCCUGAUAAAUCCAUAGCAAGUCUCGUGAAGUUUUACUACUCUUGGAAGAAGACGAGAACUAAAACCAGUGUGAUGGAUCGCCAUGCUCGGAAACAGAAGCGAGAGCGGGAGGAGAGUGAGGAUGAACUGGAAGAAACAAAUGGAAAUAACCCCAUUGACAUUGAGGUUGAUCCAAAUAAGGAAAGCAAAAAAGAGGUACCCCCGACUGAGACAGUUCCUCAGGUCAAAAAAGAAAAACACAGCACACAGGCUAAGAACCGGGCCAAGAGGAAACCUCCGAAAGGCAUGUUUCUUUCCCAGGAGGACGUGGAGGCUGUGUCUGCCAACGCCUCUGCUGCCGCCACGGUGCUGAGGCAGCUGGACAUGGAGCUGGUCUCCAUCAAGCGACAGAUUCAAAAUAUUAAACAGACAAACAGUGCUCUCAAGGAGAAGCUGGAUGGUGGAAUAGAAGCUUACCGACUUCCGGAGGUCAUUCAGAAAUGCAACGCGCGUUGGACCACAGAAGAGCAACUGCUUGCCGUCCAAGCCAUCCGGAAGUACGGUCGGGACUUUCAAGCCAUCUCGGACGUGAUUGGGAACAAGUCAGUAGUCCAAGUCAAGAACUUUUUUGUGAAUUACCGACGCCGCUUCAACAUAGACGAAGUCUUACAAGAAUGGGAAGCAGAACAUGGGAGAGAGGAGUCCAGCGGGCCCAGGUCGCAGAGAGCAGCCACAUCCCCCGGGGACUGUGCCAAGACGCUUGAGGAGGAUGGCGAGGCAGCUUCUGUGCUUGACGUUCGAUACGCCUCUGCCUCCUGAGACACGCUGGUCGCUCGGGACCCUGGGGGUGGACUGCUGUGCCGGAUUUCAGCUAUUCCGACAUCACCUCGCCAUCUGCAUCACUUCCCUGUGGACAAGCAGCUAUUACCAAAGAGGCACGUACUCCCAGGCCUCGUGCUGCAUCUGCCUUAAUUCCCUGCUCGGUCCUCUGGCAGCGUCACUUCCUCUCACGCUGCCUGCGUGCUGGGGCCUCUGCAGCCCGAGCCCCUGCUGGCUCCCAGUCGGCGGUCUCCUCAGAAGGCGUGGCUCUGUUCCCGCAUGGCCUGCGAGCUCUACUUUGUGCACAACGUCUUGUUUGGAGUGACUGAGACCCUGUUGGCCUUGUAGAAAGUGUCUCCUGUUGGUUCUGAGCAGCCCUCGGCACACAGCGUGCUUCUGUGGCGUCGCAGACUGCAGCAGGCCCUGUCAUGCCGGUGUCCUGAUGGCGUCUCCUGUCCCCCACGCUCAGUUGGCUGACUCCCCUUGCCCUCUCCUCUGCGUGGCAGCAGUGCCCAGGUGCUGCCUCGGCCCUCUCUGCCUUCAGCCCUCAGCCCCAGCUCUCCCGCACCCAGCACCACUCCCUGCUCCCAGAAACCCAGUCCCUCACCGGACCUGGUGCUCGUAUACGGCCUUGGUGCCUUCUCCUUCCGGCAACCACGUGACCGCCCUUCUCUGUUGUAGCGUCUCAUUUCUUUAAGGUUUACCGCUUGCCAAAGAUGACAUCCCUGAGAUGAGGAGACGGGAGAGCUGCUGCAGGCUGGCAGCGUGCGUGUGCCCGCACAGAGCUGGGCAAGGCUCGGGAACACGCUGUCAUCUGUGCUCAUGCCCUGGCUGUGCCUGGCCUGUUCUGUGUCACUCCGCGUGUCUGGUGUGUCCUUCAUGUACUGGCGGGACCACAGGCCUUUCCUCUCCCGGUGUUAGCGCACAGGACGCAGAGUGAUCGGUGUGCUGGUCUCAGGGCAGCCUGAUGGCAAGGAACUCCAGCAGGUGACGUGUGAUGUCCCCUCCGCGCGCUCGCGGCCUGAGCCUGCCAGGCGCUGUGAGUGGAGCCCAGAGCCCCAGGCCCGCCCUCAGCCGUCGCGCGCCGCACUACAGGUGUUAAAGUAGCUUUUGUUGCUUUUACUUACAUCACUUAAAUACUUUGUUCUGCUUCCAAAACCAAAAAGAAAGAACCUGCAGAUGCUUGAAGGCGUAACCAGAAUUCUGAAGAAUUUAAAAUAUGCAAUUAGAUGUGCUGUUUCGACUUCACGCACCUUGCUGUUUUUGCUUUGUUUUAAAGUCCACUGAUUUUCUCUUUAGAAAGAGGGUCAGUUAGAAACCUAGAUUUUUUGGAAUUAUGCAUUCUCUUUUAGAAGUUUGGAGAAAGGUCACUCGUGGGGGACAGUGAGUGGGACUUUGCUGUCUCUUGCCGUCUUGUUCUUGUACAAGGUGUCUGCUGGUCCAGGAAAGCCUGCAGUGAGCAGCGUCAGGAGCCCCGGCUCACUGGUCCUGCCUGGUGACAGGGUAGCAGCGUAACACUCGUACCAGGGUGGGCUUGUUAGCCGCCUGCCGGGCCAGGGCGGGCCAGCACAGACACACGAGGAGCCGCUCUGCGUUUUGCACAAGGCUAGAAGGGGCCACUGGGCCUGACCGGGAGGGCGUACCCAGGCCCUUGCUCCAGGGAUUGGGCGCUCGGUGCCCAGCCCGCCCUGCGCACUGUGGCGAGGGGAGCAGCACUGGCUGUGGUCCUCUGUCCUCCACGCAGUCCCUUCCUUUGGCGCCGGCGCCCCGGUGUCUGUGCUGGAGCUCCAGCCAUCGCAGCAGCCCCGUGAGCUCUCGUCCCCGGGGAGAGGGGUCCACCCGGUCGUGGUGUUGCUUCACCAGCAAAUCGCACUGCGUUCUAGACUUCUUUUCCUUACACUGUCUGCAAUGAUGUAAAUGCAAGAGUCACUUAGCUUCAGAAGCUAAAUGGUGUGGUCUUAUUUAUGUGAAGGCCUCGGGCGCACUGGUAGGUGCUGUUUGGGGCGUGGUCGUUGCUACAAAAUGGAAUGUUCCCUUAAGCAUUGUCUUUCAAAUGAUCAAUGUGAAUGUCAUAAUUAUAUAUUUUUGUGGGAAAUUUCUCCUAAGUAUAAGUUAUUGUGCAAAAUAUAGUAAUGUUGACGCAAAUAAUAGUUUAACUUUUAGUUUAGAAAUCCUAAAAGAUAUAAAUUGUGUUGCGUAUGCAUUAAAAGUUUUAUUUAAUUUUAUGUAGAUGUGUAAAGUUAGGUAGAAGUUUUUCACUUAUCCAUUUAAACACCUGUUACUUGAAUAUUGUGUUGACUGGCCUGCAGCAGUGAUGAUGGGCGGGUUCUGGAGCAGUUCUGCCCGCGGCGUGCCCACCCUGGUGGUGUGCGGGCAGGCCCGGGCACACCCUCCCUCUUGUCUUGGUGGCUUUGCCAGGACCCCAUCCUCAGGGUGGCUUCAGCAGCUCCUGUGAUGGUCACAAACCUGUCCUUGAAACACAAAGAUGAGUGAUUUGGGCUUUGGAGGCUCCCUGUAGUGGGCCGAUUGCACACGCCACUGUCAGCGUGUUAUUGUCGCUUUAACCUCCGACAAUGCCCUGUUCUUGUCUUUCUAAAUAGCAGAUGUACUCUUGGUAUAAUUGCACACCAAAAAUAAGCCAAACAGUGCAUUACACUAACUGGAUCCCUGCUUUUAUAAAAGUGAGCGAGGGAGUGAGGAAGCCUGCCCCCACGAGAGCCACUUAGCCUCUCGCCCAGCCGUGUCUCGGUCGCAUCACCCCGGACUCCGCUUCCAGUGCCCAGUGGAGCUUUCCCUCAGAUUGACCCCCCCGCAGCCCGGUGACCUGCGUCGGGGUCCCCUGCGCAGUGCACGCGGCCGCACCCCAAUCUGCAGCUCGCCCCGCCUACAGGGAAGCACAACUGCAAUGCCGCUGCGGUCCAGCAGAAGGCAGGCCAGUCCACAGUCUAUGCAUGUUGUAAGGUAAUGCGUGUUUACAGUCGCCGCCUCCUGCAGCCAGCAUUGAUACUGGAGUGGAUAGUACCCGUUAUGUAGACUUACCAAUUUUGCUAAGUGCUUUUUAGACUGCUUAAAAAUUUUUCCAGAUUUUAAAAGAUGUAUAAGGUUAAGUUUGCAAAUAUAAUGGAAAUGCUGUAUAUCUUUUGAAGUGAUAAACCCAUGUUGGAAUUUUAAAGAAAAUACAUUGUGAUAACGCGGGUGUAGGUGCUGCUUGCCUGUCUCUGCCUGUUCCCUGCUCGGCACACCUGCCGUGCCAAGCAGCCAUAGCAGCACAAGCGCUUACCCAGAUGUUGAAUGGCAACUUUUGUUAGUAGAAAUUGGAAAAUUUAUUUGUGGAAUUCUGCAGAAUUCAUUUUCUAUUUCCAAUAUUUGCUGAAGUUAAAUAAAUUUCAAGCCUUUGCAGUAA